AUGCACGGCAAAGCAACAACACCCUUUGGUCUCCUUCCUCACAUUCCUCUCCUUCUCCCCGCUCCCCCUCCCACUUCCCCCAUCUUCCUCUCCUCCCCCCUUCCCCCGCACGGAGCAUGGCAGGGCACGGCACAAGAGGAGGCGGCCGAGGAAAAGGCUUCCCCCGCGGCUGCCAAGCUGGGUGGCGCUCCCACGCCUCCAUUAGGGGGUGCACUCUCCUUAGAGGCUGCGCUGGGCAUGGGGUGCGCUGGGCAUGGGGUGCGCUGGGCAUGGGGUGCGCUGGGCAUGGGUUGCGCUGGGCAUGGGGUGUGCUGGGCAUGGGGUGUGCUGGGCAUGGGGUGUGCUGGGCAUGGGGUGUGCUGGGCAUGGGGUGUGCUGGGCAUGGGGUGUGCUGGGCAUGGGGUGUGCUGGGCACGGGGUGUGCUGGUCAUGGGGUGUGCUGGGCAUGGGGUGUGCUGGGCAUGGGGUGUGCUGGGCAUGAGAGGGCGCAUGAGAGGGCGCAUGGGAGGGCAAGUGCGCUGCCCUGCACAUGCUCCCACUUUCUCCGUCCCAUUCCAUCUCCACAGCCACCCACCACGCCUCGCAUCCUUCCAACUUCUGCCCGCCCCUCUCUCACCCCCAUGCUCUGCACUACCUCGGCUCUUCCUCGUCUCUUCCCGAGCCCCUUGUGCUACAUUCCUCCUAGUACACGGCACUCCGUCAGCAUGUGGGUGGGCCUACCACAUGCACGCAACAGGGACAAGUCUGAUGGUUUGCGUGCCAGGCGCGGGCAGCAGGGGGAAGAGCAGGGCGAUUCUCUCUGCUGGGUCUGCUGGGGAGAGUCUCAAGGGCGAGGGGCUGGAGGACGGCGCUGCCUUCACCCCGGGCCACGGAGGGACAUAG